UUUCAAAUUCUGAUAUAAGAAAAAGACCGAAAGUAGUUGAGAAACAUUGCACUCAAUAUUCAGAAAAAGACAUAUCUUAACGUCAAACGCCUACAAGGAACCAUGCCACAUGCUCCGAUGCUGAAGUGCAGGACAACAGGACGGUGCAGACGACAACUCAAUGGAAACAAUCACGUGACAAACGUUCAAGGUCACCCACAUGGAGCCGUCGGAAGUACAAGUAUUUAUCCAAAUAAUUCUAGUCAAAAUGGCAAUGCGUCUGUCAGAUGUAAUCUUUUACCUAUGGGAAAGAAAAAUAGGGCAGUGUCAAAUGGCACCCAGGGAAACAAGACCCAUUCCAAACCUCCGAGUCCGUCACGGGCCAAACACAAAAAGUCACCGAUCAGUGUUCCACAAUACUUACAGAUAGUGUCAGUACUGGCCGCAGUGGUAGCUGUGGUCACGUAUCUGGUGAUAAUGUACGUCCCAUUGUCAGACUUAACUACUCUUGUUUCUCAAGACACAACCACCUCUUCAACACCUUCUGUUACACCGGAGUCUAAACCCUCCCCAGAGUCAAAAUCAUCGUCAAAAUCGUCAUCUAAAUCAUCUUCAAAGUCAUCGUCAGAGUCAUCAUCCAAGUCCUCAACACAGUCACCCUCAUCAACUACCAAAAAGAGUGCUCAAAGUUCCUCAGAUAAAUCGUCUGAAAAAACUCCAGUGAAAUCCAAGUCAAUUUCUACUGGUGGAUGGCAAUUGGCUGACGAUGAGACCAAUCAAAUGUAUGAUUCCUCAAUAUGUACUAUUGACCGACUUUCGGUACGUGACAUGACGAGUGAAAAGUUUGAGAGUGUUUAUAGAUACAAGAAACCUGUGAUAGUAACUUUUCCUAAUGGAGCCAAGGACUGGACACAGCCUGACCGAUGGUCAGUGAAGAACCUAAAGCAUGAGUACGGCGAGUGGUCAGUUUUGUAUGGAAACUCACUGGAGAUCGUGAGAAGGGGAGGAAACGGCCACAUGCAGACUUCCUUUACGGAAUAUGUAGAUCAGCUGAUGAACGACAGAGACGCUAUGGGGGAUCCCUUCUACAUCUUUGACCGAAGUUUCUACAACGAUUCAACAUUGCCAAAAACUUUAAAACCGCCAAAAUAUUUUGAAAUCAAGGAUGGUGUAGAUGACAGUAUAUUCUUCAUGGGAGCGUCGAGAAGUGGAGUCAGUUUCCACAAACAUGCGGAUGCCUGGAAUGGCGUUAUCUUUGGUCGGAAACGCUGGUUCCUGUACGACAUCCACCAAACUCCCCCAGGAGGUGUGUACCCAGGGUUUACACAAGGGGAAUGGUACAGAAAACUCUAUCCUCACUUGGGCGACGCCCUCAAACCUCAGGAGUGUAUACAGGAGGCUGGGGAAAUAUUAUACCUGCCGGAGGGUACAUACCACGGGACGAUUAACUUGGGGGACACUGUGGCAGUAGGUAUACAGAAGAAGCGUGCCAAGACCAAGGAGGAACGCUUGUUCUACGAAGAGUUGGCAGUCUCCAAUGAAAUUGGCACACUUAUGAAAUCAGACGAGAAAAAAAAGAAGUUAGAGUCAAGGAAAGUCCAAAUUUUCAACAAACUCCAACAAUUACUACCAGAUAAUGCUGAGGUUAAGAUGAAACAAGGACAGAUGUACUUUGAUUUAAAACGACUAAGGGAUGGACUGGAAAACACUCAGAAAGCAAUCGACCUUGACCCAGAUUUUGUCAUUGCUCAUCUUAACAAAGGCAAAAUACUCACACAGCUCAAGAAGGGUAAAGACGCUGAGGACGCUUACAACAAGGCCCUGGCCUUGAACCCUGACCUCUGGGAUAUCCAUGCUGCCCUGGGCGACUUCUAUAUGAGCAAUGGCCGCCCAGCGGAAGCUGUUCCACACUUCAAAAGGGGUACGGAGCUACAGCCGGACAUGAUGCCAUUCUGGUUAUAUCUACAACAAGCGCAACAACAAGCCGGACAAAAGAGUGCUGCCAUGGUUACCGCACAAGUCCUUAACAAGUUACGCCUGAAAAACAUGAAGACAGAAACACUACAACCUACAAAGAAAUCUGGAUAAGAACUAGUUGCUCAGGUGUUGCAUAAGUCAUCAGUGACCUUGAAUAGUACGUGAUACAGUGCUACCUGCGUACAAGUAUCCAGUUUUAAUUGUGUUUGUGUCCUGUGGUUUUUAUGCAUGUAGGUACUUUCACGUGGUAGUCGCGGUAUCAUUUCAGGUACCAUUUUUGGAUGCAGACUAAUGCUGCUAUUUGCAUUUCUUAGUUGCUUUUUGUCUGAGGCAUUCUUAUUGAUUAUACUGCUGAACAGUUGGCCAAACAAUACAUUCCAAAACUUGAAACUUCCCAUUACCUAUUUUGAAAAAUUUGUUCUGACACUGAUGUGAAAUCGGUAAGAAUUAGAACACAAGGGCCCUUUCUUUGUUUGCAAAAUAUUUGAACCCAUCAUCAUAAAAAUUUGUAUCACUGGAACCACUAGAAGUCCCUAAUUUUUAUUUCUUUUUACAGAAAGAGGUGACAUGUUUUUUGUUUUUUUAAAGCUUGUCUUAAUUUAAAUUCUUAUUUCUCUUCAAAAGAUGUUGAUUGGAGUGAGUUUUCUGUGUUUCGGAAAAAUGCAUUACAAAAUAUGUAUAUUUGGUUUAGGGAUCUUUGCCGUGCCCCUGUGCUCAGACCUGUGGUUUAGGGAUCUUUGCCAUGCCCCUUUGCCCAGGCCAUGGGUUUUGGGAUCUUUGCUUCACCCCUGUGUCUAGGAUUAAAGAUCGGUAGUUUACAGGUCAACAUAUUCAUUGAGCUAAUUUAAAAAUAAAAGGCAAUAUACCUCAAGAGUUUAAUAAUACUGUCAAUGAUUUUUAGCUCACCUGGCCCAAAGGGCUAAGUGAGCCUAUGGCAUGGUGCAGCGUCCGUUGUCCGUCGUCCUGCA